AUGAAAGCCAUAAUUGAAUCAAAUCGUCAUAUAACUGUGCGAGAGAUUGUAAAAAGGUUAAAUGUGUCACACAGAAUUGAAAAUCACAUAAGACGUCUUGGACUCGUUAAGCAGCUGGAUAUUUGGGUUCCGCACGAAUUGAAAGAAAUUCACUUAACACAACGGAUCAAUAUUUGCGAUACGCAUUUCAAACGUAAUGCAAUCGAUCCUUUUUUAAAGCGAAUUAUCAUUGGUGGUGGAAAAUGGAUCGUCUACAACAACAUUAAUCGAAAAAGAUCAUGGUCCAAGCAUGAUGAACCGGCACAAACCGUAUCGAAAGCUGAAUUGCAUCAAAAAAGGAUCAUGCUGUCAAUUUGGUGGGAUUACAAAGGUGUUGUGUAUUUUGAGAUACUUCCAAGCAAUCAAACGAUCAACUCAGAUGUUUACUGCCAACAACUUAUGAAAUUGGAGGAAGCAAUCAAAGAGAAAAGACCAGAAUUGGCAAAUCGUAAAGUAAUCGUGUUCCACCACGACAAUGCGAGGCCUCAUACAUCUUUAGCAACACGUACGAAAUUAUUGGAGCUUGGUUGGGAAGUGAUGUCGCAUCCUCCAUAUAGCCCUGACCUUGCACCAUCGGAUUAUCAUUUAUUUCGAAGUUUACAAAAUUUUUUAAACGGUAAAAAUUUCAACAUGAUGAUCCCAAAUCGCACUUGGUUGAGUUUUUUGUUGAUAAGAACCAGCAGUUCUAUGAGCACGGAAUCAUGA